GGGGGUCGCGGGGCGGGGGUGAGGGGCAACGCCCGAGGGGAGGGUCUGGGAGCGCUCGACGGGAGGAGUCGGGGACCGCGGGGGACUCGGAGGCCUCGCCGCCUCCCGGAGCCGGUUCCGUUUCGCCAUUUGAGGACCUUGAGUUCCAAGCUUUUCCUGCUGACAUAGAGCCAUCCCUCCCCCAACCUCCUGGACGUUCCCAGAGACUUAGGAUAGUAAUUCCAGAUCUUCAGUUGCAUUUUUUGUUGGAAUUUUUCUGGAAAAAUUGAAUCUGGUAAUUUAGCUUAAGAAUUUUUUUUUUUUAGAAAAAUGUUUAUUGGUAUAUUUAAUAGCCCCCAAAUUAGGUUAAAACCUUUCACAAUCCAGUCAUUUUGCAAAAACAUUUUUGGUGGAAAAAGGCAUAGCAAUGGUAGAGAGCUUGCGCUCUGGAGCCCAGAGUGCCCGAGUUCUAACACUUAGUAACGGUAUGAGCUUGGACAAGCCACUUAAUCUCUAGCUGGCCAAGGUUCCUCAUGUGAAAACUUCUAAUACAUUAUACAGCAUAAUAUAUAUGUAUAUCUGUGCGGGGGUGGUGGUACUACUUUACAAGCUUGUGAAGAUCAGGUUCAAGUGUGAAGCACUAAGCGCUGUUCUUGGAACAGAGAGAGCAAUACAUAAUACUGGAGGAUGUUUGUCCCAAGAUCUAUAAAAAUCAAGAGGAGUGCUAAUGAUGAUGGCAAAAGUUGUGCAGCUAAGAAAAUUAAACCAGAUGCAGAAGACCUGCGGCCGGAUGAAGGCAGAGGUGAUGCAGCUGAUGGGUUAGUUACAGAAGAAGCCAAAACAUCAGACGGGCACAGCGUGGAACCAUGCCCUUUCCCCAGUACAGCUGGCCUGUUGGCUGAGGUUGGUUUGAUUGGACCUGAGCAGGAUGCAAAGGAUAGCGAUCUUUCUGAAGAGCCUGUUAAGUCAUUUUCAAAAACACAGCGCUGGGCAGAACCUGGGGAACCUGUCUGUGUUGUUUGUGGUCGUUACGGAGAGUACAUCUGUGAUAAGACAGACGAAGACGUGUGUAGUUUGGAGUGUAAAGCAAAACAUCUCCUGCAAGUAAAGGAAAAGGAAGAGAGAUUAAAACUCAGCGAUCCGCAGAAAGCGGAUUCUGGGUCAGAGUCUCCACUUAAUGCUUUUUAUGUCUAUAAAGAGCACCCCUUUAUUUUGAACCUUCAGGAAGACCAGAUUGAAAAUCUUAAACGGCAGCUAGGAAUUGUAGUUCAAGGGCAAGAUGUCACCAGACCCAUUAUUGAUUUUGAGCACUGUGGUUUCCCUGAGGCCUUGAAUCACAACUUGAAGAAAUCAGGUUAUGAAGUUCCAACCCCCAUCCAAAUGCAGAUGAUUCCUGUAGGACUUCUGGGAAGAGACAUUCUGGCCAGUGCUGAUACUGGCUCAGGAAAAACAGCUGCUUUUCUUCUUCCUGUUAUCACCCGAACUUUAUGUGAGAGCAAAACUCCAUCUGCACUCAUUCUUACACCAACAAGAGAGUUAGCCAUUCAGAUAGAGAGCCAAGCUAAAGAAUUGAUGAGUGGUCUGCCACGCAUGAAAACUGUUCUUCUGGUAGGGGGCUUACCCUUACCCCCACAGCUUUAUCGUUUGCGACAACAUGUGAAGGUUAUCAUAGCAACUCCUGGGCGACUUCUGGAUAUAGUAAAACAGAGCUCUGUGGAACUCCGUGGUAUAAAAAUUGUAGUAGUAGAUGAAGCCGAUACCAUGUUAAAGAUGGGCUUUCAACAGCAAGUGCUUGACAUUUUGGAAAACGUUCCUAAUGAUGGUCAGACCAUUUUGGUUUCAGCUACAAUUCCAACUAGCAUAGAACAACUAGCAAGCCAGCUUCUGCAUAAUCCUGUGAGAAUUAUCACUGGGGAAAAGAACCUGCCCUGUUCCAGUGUGCGCCAGAUUAUUUUGUGGGUGGAAGAACCAGCCAAAAAGAAAAAAUUAUUUGAAAUCUUAAAUGAUAAGAAACUCUUCAAGCCUCCAGUGUUAGUAUUUGUGGACUGCAAGUUGGGAGCAGAUCUCUUGAGCGAGGCAGUGCAGAAAAUCACAGGUCUAAAAACCGUAUCUAUACAUUCGGAGAAAUCACAAACAGAAAGGAAAAACAUAUUGAAGGGAUUACUUGAAGGAGACUAUGAAGUUGUAGUGAGCACAGGAGUCCUGGGACGAGGCCUAGACUUGAUCACUGUCAAGCUGGUUGUCAAUUUCGAUAUGCCGUCAAGUAUGGAUGAGUAUGUGCAUCAGGUUGGAAGAGUGGGGAGAUUAGGCCAACAUGGAACAGCAAUUACUUUCAUCAAUAACAAUUCAAAAAGACUCUUCUGGGAUAUUGCAAAAAGAGUGAAACCCACAGGAUCCAUUCUUCCCCCCCAGUUAUUAAAUUCCCCCUACCUUCAUGACCAGAAGAGAAAGGAACAACAGAAAGAUAAACAGACACAGAAUGACCUGGUUACAGGAGCUAAUCUUAUGGACAUCAUUAGAAAACAUGAUAAAAGUAAUUCUCAAAAAUGACUUAUGAGGGGUGCCUGGGUGGCUCAGUCGGUUAAGUGGCUGCCUUCGGCUCAGGUCAUGAUCCCAGGGUCCUGGAAUUGAGCCCCAUGGCGGGCUCACUGCUCAGCGGGGAGUCUGCUUCUCCCUCUCCCUCUGCUGCUUCCCCUACUUGUGCUCUCUCUCAAAUAAAUAAAGUCUUAAAAAAAAAAAAAUGACUUGUGAUACCACUGAACAGUUUUUUGUGUAUUAGUGAAAUUUCUGUAUAACUAUGGUUUGAGUAAAUGGGACAUGUACAUGAAACAAAAAAAUUUAACAAUUUAAAUUCUUUAAUUGAAUCUCAAAUUUAUACUGCUGUAUUUAUUUCCCUUUUGAUUGUCAUAAAAAAUUAUCAAAAUGAAUUGCUAAAUAAAAUUUUUUCUGUCUCGACAAAGCCUCAGUUUU